AGCCUUUGACCUUUGGACUCGGCGGUGUUAUUUGAACUGUUAGAUUUAAAAUAAAAAUGGCUCGCUUCCUUGAUAUUGUAUUUUUCUUUUAUUUCUUAACACACAUUCCCAUUUCAUUGUUGGUAGAUUUUCAGUCUGUACUACCCUUAGAAUAUUAUCCACAACAACUCAUUGACGUCAAGGAAUGGUACUGCAGAGAAUUUCGGGAUCCCAUGAUGGUGGCAGCGCCCACCUGGUUCAAGUCAUUUGUUUUUUGUGAACUGCUUAUCCAGUUUCCUUUCUUCUUCAUUGCUGUCUAUGGUUUUUUCAAAGGCUCCAAGAAUUGUAAGUGGCUACGCUGGCCCUGUGUUGUUUAUGGAUCACACGUCGCCACGACACUUAUCCCAAUCAGCGCACACAUCCUGUUCUACGACUUCUCCAAUGAAAAACACCCAAGUCCCAGAAACUUGAACGAACGUCUGACGCUGCUUGGGUUUUAUUUUCCUUAUCUCUUGGUGCCUGUCCUGUUGGUACUUGACUCGUUGUUCAGCUCGUCUUACAGAACGUCAAGCACCCAACAGUCCAGCACCAAACAGCAACCAGCCAACAAAACAGCCAGCCCACAACAACAGAAAAAGAAAAAAGUCAAAUAGAUUCCUAUCUACUUUUAUGUUUGAAAAAAAACUGUCUGCACCAAGGAAAGUUACUGGCUAUGUUAUUUUCGCCCAUGUAAUUCUUUAGAUAUUGAAACUAAAAAGAUGUUCUGCUCCUAGAUACCUUUUAAUUAAAUUUUUUGGCAUUUCUUUAAACCAUGUUACAUUUUUAAAAUAUAAAUUAUUCAAAUGGGAAAAAUAUUUAAAUCCUUGAUUAAAUAACAUCCCCUUAAAAUUAAAUUUAAAGUCCUGCCAAACUUUAGAUCUCUACUUAUGAUUAUUGAAAGAUCAGCAUUAUUUUUCUAAAACAAGUAACAGCAAUUGUUUUUAAUGAUUAAUGUGAAUAUAAACAAAGCCAUGAGUUAAUGUCAGGGUUUUUUUUUUUUUUGUUUUUUUUUUUUGAGAAAAUUAGAUUGAGUACCAAGCUAAGAAUUGUACAGUUAUUAAGAACCAUAACUUUUUUUUUAAAAUAAUGUUAUUUUAAAAUUGUGUUUUUGGAUUGUAAAUAUUUAGAUUGAACAACUAAAAAUUUUGAAAUAUAGGCCCUACUUAAAGUAAAAGUAAAGUUCUCCUUCUAAACCUGACGGUGAAUGGGCAAGUGAAGUAGAGUUUACCUGUUUCUGUGACCUUGGCAUAUGAAAGGACAGUAUUGUCAGCACUAUGCCCAGCCGCCUACUUAGUUGGGUUCAUGGUUCAUUUUAACCACUUUUUUUUGUAUUUCUAGAUCUUGUAACAGUAUAUAUUAUGUCAUAUUAUGAGAAUGAUAAAUCAAAAUGUGUUGUUAAAGUUAUAUUAACUUAUGUUGUUAAAGUUUAAGAAAAGUACCUGGAAUGUAUUUUGUCAGUUGAAAUAAGGCUGUCUUUUAGAAGGACCCUUAUCUUUUUAAAUGUGUUGUAUGUAAUAAUGUUUGAUACAAUAUUUCAUAUAGUUGUAGAAAGAAAGAGAUACAUUUUUACGUUAGUGUCCAGCUUUAGUAUCCACUUUUCAGUAAUAUUUUCAUUGGUUUUAUCUUCACAUUUUCUUUUUCACUUUUCACACUUUCAGUUUUAGAAUGUUAACCUAGACAUAUUUUAUUAUUCAUUAUUUAUGUGCCAUGAUUACAUUCGUGAUCAUCUUUAUUUUUAAUUUAGAUGUGUUACAGGGCUAUAAAUAGAGUUGAGGUCAACACGUUUCCUGUUUUUCUUUACUUUUCUGUUUGAACUGACUGAUUAAAACACCUUCACACUUCAGCUCUCUGACUAAAAUUGUUUGUUUCUGACUGCCAUAACUUCCACUUUGUCUAUCCAGAUCCUCCACUACAUAGAGCUAGUUGAGUGUUGUUGUUUCGGGG